CGUCAGACAGCCUCUGCCAGCUAGUGAACGCUGCAACUGGAGCUGUUGUGCCCUGCAUAGAGCUGUGUGUGUGUGUGUGUGUGUAAGAGUGUACGCAAAUGGGAAAGCUACUGAGUCAGGAAAGACUGCCUCUCAUCUCUUCGCUGUUAUCACCAUCCGUCUCUCUCCCUCCUCUCCUCCUCCGCUGACAUGGAGCUCCAGCAGGCUGAAUCACAACAGCGUCUGCACAAAGGGCUGAGGUAGUUGUGUGUGUGUGUGUGCUGCUCCGUUGGGCCAGAAUGAAGUGUGUGAGAAGGUGGGCAUCAGGCUCUGCUGUUGUGUUCCUUCACACACUGGCCUUAUCAUGGACAGGUAAAAUUGAGCCUGCCCUCAAAAUUGACGGGCAGCACCAGGCGGCUGUUACCCUGCAUGAAAACAUGACUCACUGGUUCAACUGCCAAUCAGACGGCUGGGAUCCCCGAGCCCCUCCUCUGCUCACCUGGUACCUGAACGGGGAGCAGCAGAAGGAGCGACCCCCCACCCGUAGGCGCCUGGUGAUGAAGCUGCAGGAGGAUUCUGAAGUCAUGAGACGGAGGACCCAUCUCAACAGCACCUUCUCUCUGCGGGCCAAGAAGUGGGACCGAGAGCUGGUGUGUGUCGCAUCGAACCCCAGGACAGGAGAGAGCUACAACGCCACGGUCACACUCAAUGUCCAGUUUCAGCCAGAGAUCCUCAGACUGAACGCCCACUACAGUGAGAACUCAGACCCCGGGCUCUCCCUGGUCCUCUUCGCCUUGGUACGGUCUAACCCGCCUGCCACCAUCACCUUCAUGGACCAGUCAGGCCAGCUGGUGGCUAACACCUCCGACUUCCUCAUCCUGGACUCCAGAAGCUACCCCUGGCUGACCAAUCACACGCUGAAGGUCACACUCGGGAGCCUAUCAGGGAAUAUCUCGCUGAACGUCAGCAACAGUGUGGGAACCGUGCAGAGCAACCUCACUCUGGCAGAGUUCCUGCAGUCUCGUGUGGAGGUGCCCAUGCUGGGAAUAGUGACGGGGGGAGCCAUGGCCUUCAUGGCGCUCCUCAUCCUCAGUCUGAUUGUUCUCUGCCUUAUGCAAAAAAACAAGAGCAAAUCCUUUGAUGAGCCAGUGGAGAUUUUGAUGACAAAGAAAAGUGACUCUGCCAAUCUGAAGGUAGAGAAAGAAGUUAAGACCAACAUCCCCAGAGAGAACAUGUCUCUGCCUUCCAACAUGCAGCUCAACGACCUCAACACUUUGAGAAAAGCACUUAUGGAAGCCCGAGAGGCCGCCCAGCAGAACGGUGUGGGAGGGAAGAAGAAAGAGGAAGAGGAAGAGGAAGAUCUGUCUUUAGCCUACGCCGCCAGAGGUUUUGCAAGAUAUCCGAUGGUGGGCUACAUCUAUAAGGUGAACAGCACAAGCAGUGAGGAGAUCUGGCUCUGACUGACCUCACAUACACGCACAUUUACAAAUACACACACACACACACACGCACAUUUACAAAUACACACACACACGCACAUUUACAAAUACACACACACACACACACACACGCACAAAUACUUUACAUGCAUGCAUAACUAAGUCAAACGAUGCAGCUGUCCAAGAGGAAACCCAUAGCAACUGCCAGUCAUUCAACCAAUCAUCAGAAACUAUCUUUGUGUAUCACAUACCGUACCAACACUGUUACUCAAGUUUAUCCAAUAACUUGAAUUUAAGGUUCACAAAACUAAACUGGAUGUUGUUGUAAUCUCUCUGAACCGAGAGCUCUGGUCCAUACACUUCUGAUGUGUUGUCUUAACAUUGCAAAGUUUAAAAUCUACAUAAAAUUAUACAUGCCCUGUCUGUUUCAACAUGUUUCGUCCUGUAACCACAUGCCUAUGAUGUCCUCCUCUGAAUGCAUUAAUUGUUCUAUGCUAACACCAGAAUGUCCUGAGAUAAUAUAAUUACAAACUGACCAAUAAUCUCUAAAUAAGAUGGAACAUAUUUAUAGAGAAUGUAUUUGUAUAUGGACAUGUAACAUGUCAUGUACUGUACUGUAUAUUUGUAUGCAUAUGUAUAUGUGUAUAAAAGAGAACGUCUAAUAAAGAUAUUGUAUGAAGUAAA